UAAGUUUCAUGAUAUGAAAUUUUCGAUAUCCUACUUACAGGAUUAGUAGUUCACAAUAUUUCUGUUGUGAUAUUUCGUUGUUUUUGAAGAUGGAUUUUACAGCAGGAAAGUUAUCAAAUGAACAUAAAGAACAACUUCGAUGUGCUUCAGAAAGUGCAGAUCCAUUAACAGUAUCUGCAUUACAGAUAUCUCCAAAAUCACCGCGCUCUCCAAAAUCCCCAAAAUCUCCUAAGUCUCCAAGGUCUCCCGGUGAUCGUCACAGCAAACAUGGCUCAGAUAGGGGAAGUCCACUUAAACAUAAAAAAAGCUCACAUUCUCCGCGAGAUGGUCGUCCAAAGAAAGGUGGUUGUGGAGGAAAAGGCACUUGGGGCGGAUUAAUGGAUACCGAUGAUGUCCAUGCUAUUGAUCCCAAUGAUCCAAACUACACUAGUAGUGAGGAUACGGAGAGAACAAGUACGAAAGACAUGGUUGCAGCAUUUGAGGAAUACAAAAAGAAGGCUAUAAUAUUAGUCGAAGAGUAUUUUCAGAAUGAUGAUAUAACAUCCACAGCAAAUGAAUUAAGAGAACUUGGGAUGUCUUGUUAUGACUUCUACUUUAUUAAAAAGUUAGUAUCAAUGGCUAUGGAUAGGCAUGAUAAAGAAAAAGAAAUGGCAGCUGUUUUAUUAUCUGCUCUUUAUGCUGAAGUUAUCAAACCACAACAAGUCUACAAAGGUUUUAGUAAACUCUUGGAAUCUGCUGAUGAUUUCAUUGUAGACAUACCAGAUGCAAUCGACAUUCUCGCGUUGUUCAUUGCAAGAGCAGUAGUUGAUGAUAUACUUCCUCCUGCAUUUUUAGCAAAAGCAAAUUCUUCUCUACCUAAAGAUUCAAAGGGAAUUGAGGUUAUAAAAAGAGCUGAAAAGAGUUACCUUUCAGCUCCUUUACAUGCUGAAAUCAUCGAGCGUCGAUGGGGUGGAAGUAAGAAUAAGACAGUUGAAGAUGUGAAGGAUAAGAUCAACAACUUGCUUAUUGAGUAUGUUGUAAGUGGAGAGAAGAAUGAGGCGUGUAGAUGCAUUAACGAUUUGAAUAUGCGUUUUUUCCAUCAUGAAAUUGUUAAGAGGGCUAUUAUCAUGGCAAUGGAAAAGCAACAAGCCGAAAGUCGCCUUUUGGACUUACUAAAGAAGACUACAGAAGAAGGCUUAAUAAAUUCAAGUCAAUUAUCAAAAGGGUUCAAUAGGAUUAUUGACAAUAUCGACGACUUGUCACUUGAUAUACCAAAUGCAAGGAUGAUUUUUCAGUCAAUAAUUUCUAAGGGAGCAUCAGAGGGUUGGCUGUGUAUUUCAUCUUUGAAGUCGUUAUCGACACAACUAGAAAAACAAGAAAUUGAUGAAAAACUAGUGAAGGAAUUCAAACUGAAAGCUCAAUCCAUGAUCAAAGAGUACUUUUUGUCAGGUGAUAUUGAAGAAGUAAGUAGGAUUCUAGAGUCGGAGAACAGUUCGUGUUUGGCAGAACUAAACGCCAUAUUCGUUAAGAAGUUAAUCACUUUAGCAAUGGACAGGAAAAACAGAGAGAAAGAAAUGGCUUCUGUUCUGUUAUCAUCUGUUUGUUUUCCAGCAGAUGAUGUGGUAAAUGGCUUUGUAAUGCUAAUAGAAGCAGCAGAUGAUACAGCUUUAGACAUUCCAAUUGUCGUUGAGGACUUAGCGAUGUUUUUGUCUAGAGCAGAAGUAGAUGAAGUUUUAACUCCACAACACAUGGAAGAGAUUGGGAGUCAAUUUUUCGAACCGAAUUCAAUAGGUAACAAAGUUGUACUAAUGGCAAAAUCUUUGCUAAAAGGUAGAUUAUCUGGUGAGAGAAUACUAAGGUGUUGGGGUGGUGGUGGAAGUAGUACAAACGGAUGGGCGAUUGAAGAUGUUAAGGAUAAAAUACGAAAAUUAUUAGAGGAAUUUGAAUCUGGAGGAGAUGCAAAAGAAGCAUAUAGAUGCAUAAAGGACUUAGGUAUGCCAUUUUUUCAUCAUGAAGUUGUGAAGAAAUCAUUGGUGAUUAUAAUUGAGAAGAAAAGUGAGAGGUUAUGGGGUUUUCUCAAAGAAUGUUUUAGUAUGGGACUUAUUACUAUGUAUCAAAUGACAAAAGGUUUUGCUAGAGUUGCAGAAUCACUUGAUGAUUUGGCUUUAGAUGUACCAGAUGCUGAAAAACAAUUUAAAGUUUAUGUUGAAAGAGCAGAGGUUGAAGGAUGGUUAGAUUCCACUUUUAGUUUCAACAGACUUGGACAUAAUUCCAUGGAAAAUGGAUUUUGUUGA